AUGUCAUCCGCAGGCAACGCUGUCUCCAGCCGAGAUCUCGUCAUGCCUGCCAGUUGUUUGCAGGACGAUGGAAGAUGUUCCCAUCACCAGAAUGCACCUACUUUGCAUGACCACAAGAGAGAAGUCGACUCCGAUUCCAUUCUCAAGGCGCCCUAUCUUUCGGACGAGCAGUUGCUAAAGUCCUGUCUCAUCCCUUCCGACAACUUCCACGGAUCCAACAAAAGUUAUCAAAGUCAAAUUUUCCAACAAUGCGUCGCAGAACAGGCGCAUCCACCAAUCGGAUCGGACCCCGCCUCCGACAUUUUCGUUCAGUUCACUUUGCCUCCGAGCAAACUCAACAUUUCAGAUAUUCAACUGUCUGGCGGCAGUAAAACAGGUCUUUUUAUCUCCCACGUGGCAAACCGGGCCAGUCUGAGGGGUCUGCAGGUCGGAGACCAAAUUCUUGAGGCAUGUUUUCUUCAUAGAAAAUUGGGCUAUGCGCGUUCUGUCUGA